AGCUUCAACUUGAAGAUCGUGAUGAUGAUAAGAUAGGUUAUUACAAGUUACACAAGAAUCCUAUUAGUGGAGGUACUUAGUAUACCAUUAUGUUUAAAUUUAUUUAAUCUGUGGAAAACAAUACUAAUUUAAUGUUGUUUUUGCAGCUUUUGACUUUCUAAAUUCGAAUAAGAAUAUUUUUAAUGUUAGCUUUUUAAUUUACAAACAUGACAAUAGAGAUAAGAUCAACAUGAACCGCACUCCUCGUUCUGUAAAUAUGAUAUCAAAUGCCUUCUUGAAGUUUUUGCUGGGAAAUGGUACCAAGAUGUUAUUUGACUUUAUAGGGGAAAUGCCAAAACCUGCAUCCUCAGACACAACAAUGAUUGAUAUAACUUCUCUCCUGGGUGGUUUGUUCUAUACAUGGGUCAUCCUUCAACUGUUUCCUGUUAUUCUGAUAUCGUUGGUGUAUGAGAAGCAGCACAAAAUAAGAAUGAUGAUGAAAAUGCAUGGUCUUGGAGAUGGACCAUACUGGUUGAUUUCCUAUGCUUAUUUUCUUGCCAUUUCCAUGGCCUACAUGCUGUGCUUUGUGUUAAUGGGUUCAUUCUUUGGAUUCCAUUUCUUCAGAGAGAAUAACUAUGGAAUCCAGUUCGUGUUUUAUUUUAUCUAUGUAAACUUACAAAUUGCCUCCGCGUUUCUGGUGGCUGCCCUGUUUUCGAAUGUUAAGCCUGCUACAGUUACAGCAUAUAUAGUUGUCUUUGGAACUGGACUGGUAGCUGCCUUUCUUUUCCCAGAUUUGCUGAAGAAUGAUCUAUUUCCAAAAAAAUGGAUCAUUGUUAUCGAGUUUUAUCCUGGGUUUGCUUUAUUUCGCGGGCUAAAUGAGUUUGCAGAAUAUGUCAGUGUUGGAAAUAGUUCAGGGACCCUUGGCAUGAGGUGGCAGGAUCUGAAUGAUAGCACAAAUGGCAUGAAACAGAUCUUAAUCAUCAUGUCAAUUGAGUGGAUAGUUUUUCUUUUUGUUGCUUACUACCUUGAUCAAGUUUCCUCAUCAGCAAGUGGGAGAAGUCCAUUUUUUUUCUUGAAAGGAUUCCAGAAGAAGACACCUUUGUCUUCCCAAAACGACAAUAUGCCAAUGCAGGGGUCAAGAGCCUUGGCUCAGAUGGAUAAACCUGAUGUAAUCCAAGAGAGGGAGAAAGUGGAGGAGCUGCUACUUGAACCGGCCGGCAAUCACAGAAUAGUUUGCAACGAGCUGAGAAAAGUCUAUCAGGGAAGGGACGGAAACCCGGAUAAAGUAGCAGUGAGAGGGUUGUUCCUUGCUGUUCCUCAAGGGGAAUGCUUUGGCAUGCUUGGUCCCAAUGGUGCUGGAAAGACUUCUUUUAUUAGUAUGAUGAUUGGUCUGACAAAGCCAACCUCUGGUACUGCAUUUGUUCAAGGCAUGGACAUAAGAACUGAUAUGAAUGGACUAUACACAAGCAUGGGUGUAUGCCCCCAACAUAACUUGCUGUGGGAAAGGUUGACAGGAAGAGAGCACCUACUUUUCUAUGGCAGACUUAAAAACCUCAAAGGUUCAGCCUUAACACAGGCAGUAGAAGAAUCUUUGAAGAGUUUAAACCUUUUCAAUGGAGGAGUUGCUGAUAAACAAGCUGGAAAAUACAGUGGAGGGAUGAAGAGGAGGCUUAGCGUUGCAAUUUCUUUGAUUGGGAAUCCCAAUGUUGUUUAUAUGGAUGAGCCAAGCACCGGAUUGGACCCUGCAUCAAGAAAACGCUUAUGGGAUGUUAUUAAGACUGCCAAAAAGGAUCGUGCAAUUAUUCUCACUACUCAUUCCAUGGAAGAGGCAGAGGCCUUGUGUGAUCGAUUAGGAAUCUUUGUUGAUGGUAGCUUGCAGUGCAUAGGAAAUUCAAAGGAGUUGAAAGCAAGAUAUGGAGGAACUUAUGUGUUGACAAUGACAACACCUUGGGAGCAUGAAAAGGAAGUGGAGAACAUGGUACGGCUGCUAUGUCCUAAUGCUAACAAGAUAUACCAUAUUUCUGGGACUCAGAAGUUUGAGCUGCCUAAAGGGGAGGUUAGAAUAGCUGAUGUAUUUGGAGCUGUUGAUUUUGCAAAGAGAAACUUCACUGUUUCUGCAUGGGGUUUAACUGACACCACAAUGGAAGAUGUCUUCAUUAAGGUUGCUCGUGGCGACCCCCAUUCUCAAAACCUGUCAUAAUAUAUAAUUGUCAUACAUGUUUAUGGCAUAUCAGUAUAUGGAUGUUAAAACUUUAAUCUUGUUAGUUCCGAUGGGAUUUAAAUUAGAAAACUUUGACAUAUAUAUAA